GCUCUGAGCCUAGGGUCUAGGACAUCAGUGAGAUGCCGAGAAAGUUGAUCUUUAGUGACAUUGAUGGUACCUUAGUUCACAUCUCAGACGAUGCGUUGCUAACGUGGGGAACUGUUUCUGAGGAUGGUGACACGUUUGACUCACGGCAAGGAGCAAGCAUUGCAAUCAGGCCACUCCCACCUUCAUCCACAGGGACACAGGCCUUUAUCAGUGAGAAGACACUGCAACUUGUGUCAGAAAUCAGGCGCUCUGGUCAUCUUUUUGUGCUGAUCAGCGGUGCCAGAAGCAGUACCUUCAUGGAGCGUUUGCCGUACUUACCUGCAGCUGAUGCUUAUGUCAUGGAAAAUGGUGGCCGCAUAUUCCUGCCAAGCAGGGAUGCUGCCACUGCUGUGCCCAUUGUUGAAGAUUUGGAAUGGCGCGGUCGACAUGAGGCUGCUCCAAUGGUCUUAGAAUCUGUGCCACCUUCUGAUCGACCUGGUGUUCUUUGGGAUUUGUACACGAAACUUCAAAAGGAUGGCUGGAUUUGUGAUGCAAACAAAUAUUCAACCGAUUUUAGAGUCUCCCUAAAGAAGUCAAAAGGAAAAACUGCUGCAGACUUGGAGAAGGUGAUUUCAAAUCUGCCUCCACAGCUUUCUAGCUCUUUCAAUCUGGGGAUGGCGGACAUCUACCCGUCUAGUAGCGGCAAAGACAAAGCUGCAGAAUAUCUCAUGACGAAGUUCGGCUUUGCUAGAGAGGAUUCCAUCAGCAUGGGCGACGAUGACAAUGACUUGGCUCUUGCACAAAUCGUGGGUCACACCUACAUCCCUGGGUUUACGGCCGAAUCCGUGCGGAAGGCAGUUGCAGCAAAUCCACUUGCGUUUACUGUAGCUAGCCAUGGCGCUUUUCUGGGCACUCAUGAGGUCCUGGAAAGGAUACAGGAGCUUCCGAUUCGGUCCAACAGACCUUUGUUGGUUUGCUCAGUCGUUGUGCUGUCACUAAUUGUUUUGGCGGCGCGGCGCAGGCAUAGAAGAGCCUGAGCUCAGCUUGCAAGAUGCAAGCUGCAAGCUACUAGUUUUCCAGCUUGAAGUCCCAAAGCGGCAUAGCUUGGCGUUGAGAACAAA